AACUUCGUCUCGACUUUCUUACUUUGUGCUGGCGCUACUCACUCAUAUAGGGAGUUCCCCCACAUAUCCCACUAAACACCCACAUCUGCCCCCACGCCGUUAGCAGCUUCGAAGCGUCAACUAUGAUUGUUCAGACAGUCGUGCUUGGGCUCAUUAUAACCGUCUUCCUUCUUUGGAGACUCAGAGCGUCCAAUGGAAAACAAAAGCGGAAAGCAGUGUUUCUUGUCGGACCAGCUGAGGCCGGAAAAACGAGUCUCUUCUCCCAACUAGUGUAUGGAACUGCAGCACCUACAGUUACGAGUACCGCGCCUAAUAGAGGUUGUUGGAAGUCAGAAGAUGGUGAAUUGACGAUUGUGGAUCUUCCUGGUCAUCCCAAGGCUCAAGAUAUGUUGAAAAGCGAGUUCAACAACAACACCCUUUCUCCAAGUGCCGUUGUCUUCGUCAUCAACAGCGCUACUAUCGACAGAGAUGUUCAUUCGGUUGCGCUGAUGUAUCUUAAUGUGCUUCUUGAGUGCUACAAAGCUAAGGUUCAUCGUGUUCUCAUCGCUUGCAACAAGUUUGAUCUUUUCACAGCUGUACCAGCAAAUCAAGCCUUUAAGUUAUUACAGAAUGAACUGGACAACAUCAUUAAACUUCAAGACGCACAGGUGGAGUCUAUUUCUGCACAGGAUGAGCGGUUGUGGGAUUCGUUUUUGAAUUCCCUUGACUCCUUUCAUGUUGAAGCUAUCUCAGGUAGUGCAACAAAGGGAACAGGCUUGGAUAAAUGGAAGGCAUGGAUUCAAUUUAAACUAUUCCAUCUGUGAAGCCUUAUAGCGAUUGUCCUUUAGUUCCCAAAUCAAAAUCAGGUUCAAAAGAGUUCAUGCUCCUUUGGUAGUAAUGAAUGUUCCUUCCGAAAGGUAACAGAACGUGUAUAAUAGGGCUAUGUGCUUUUAGCAACAAAGGAUCCGUUUCUGGAGUGCUUUGACGCAGAGACAUUCUUCGGCGUUGAAAAGCAGACAAACCAUUAACCUAUUAAAUGCUGACAAUACCCUGGACUGUAAACUUCAGAACAUGUUUUAAAACUUAAUUACGCAGCGGGUCAGAAUUGAUAUUAUUCUAUAACUACUACGGGAAACCAUUUGCAGUUAGUAUUCAAAAAUACUGCAAUGAGUGCAAAAAGUGUGGGCAGCAAAAUCAAAACCUUCGACUACCAAUAAAUUACAGACUAUGCUGGGCGCAUGCCUGGCUCGCGUCCGAAUCCUUGUUAAUCCAGAGGGAGAGGACCCCCCCAUCACCCAGUAGUAUCAUAAACAACUCGCCGUACUGGUUGAUCGCCAUACUCCUGAUGGGUCAUCUCAUAGGGGUCUAUCGAAUCCACUCUGCAAAGAGUAUUAACAUGCUGCCCCAUAAACAACCCCAACUAGCAGUCCUAGUCAGCAGAAACACUGCCAACUUUGUAAGAAUAAAUACCAAACGUUCACAAGCAUCUGCUCAC